ACUAAACUCCACAUUUCCCAUCAUUCAAGGCUAAGGGACACAAUAAUUCUAGAGAGCCUAAGACUAACCUGCACUAGUCUGAAUACACGCAGAUGGCCACAGCAGGCUCGCACUCGGUUCCAGCCGAUGGCGGGCGAGAGUUCCACAUCGCGAAACGCACGGCUUCUGGGGAACCGAAUACCGCUCCUGAUACCAAAAGAUUCAAAGGCUUUGAUGAUAGGUUAGGAGAACCGGACAUUCAACCUCCAAUUACUACAUGGAGAGUUCCUUUCCCAGAGAAGCCGGCAGUCAUAGAAGAACGAAAAGGCCUGAUCGAAUUUCGAGUCGUCAAUAACGAUGGCACCAGAGAGAGUACGAUUAUCCUCACAGGUCUCAAAAACCUGUUUCAAAAGCAACUUCCGAAAAUGCCUAAAGAUUACAUCGCACGCCUCGUCUACGAUCGCACGCAUCUAUCUCUCGCCAUUCUCAAAAUGCCCCUAGAGGUCAUUGGCGGGAUAACAUUCCGAGAGUUUCGAAACUUCAAUUUCGCUGAAAUCGUGUUUUGCGCGGUCUCAUCUGACCAACAGGUCAAAGGAUACGGUGCACACCUCAUGGCCCAUUUGAAGGAUUAUGUCAAAGCUACUUCCCCAGUGAGGCAUUUUCUAACCUAUGCCGAUAAUUUUGCCACUGGGUAUUUCCAAAAACAAGGUUUUAGCAAAGAGAUCACGCUCCCAAAGUCCAACUGGAUGGGGUAUAUCAAGGAUUACGAAGGAGGGACAAUCAUGCAUUGUGAUAUGCUUCCCCGAAUAAGUUACCUCGAAGUUGGCCGCAUGCUUCUCAAACAAAAAGAAACUGUGCAAGCUAAAAUUCGCAGCUUGAGUAAAAGCCACACCAUCCAUCAGCCGCCUCAACAUUGGGCCAACGGCGUCGUCACUCCAAUCGACCCUCGCUCUAUCCCUGCAAUUGAGGCAACCGGCUGGACUCCAGAAAUGGAUGAAUUAGCGCGGGAACCACGCCGCGGACGUCAUUUCAACACAUGUCGGCUCUUUCUCUAUCAAAUCCAGGGCCACAAACAAGCAUGGCCGUUCCUCAAGCCAGUCGACAGAGACGAAGUCCCCGACUAUUACACUGCUAUCACAUCACCAAUGGAUCUGUCGGCCAUGGAGGAGAGGUUGGAGCAGGGCUUCUAUACUACCGCGAAACUCCUUGUCGAUGAUCUCAAGUUGAUUUUCAGUAAUUGCCGCAAGUAUAAUGACGCAACAACGGUAUACGUCAAGUGUGCGUCCAAGCUAGAAAAGUACAUGUGGAGUCUUGUUCAGGAGAUUCCGGAGUGGUUUGACUUACUGGAAGAAUGAGGGUAGGGUAUGGAUUGAGUUAACAUCGGGCAAUCAAAGGGAGUUUUGCUUUUCAAAAAGUAAAUAUGGCGCUGACUGCUUUUUGCAGCUAUUCAGUCGUACCAACUAUCAAACUUGGAGCUAUGCAUAGCCAGGCGAUAAUUGUAUUGAAGGCGUUGUCAGUGCUACUUAGUUGUUGCUGAAUACGGGCGCACUGCAACACCCACAUCCCCCUUCUCGAAAGGACGGCGUUAGGUAGCUAUGAAUCACUCUUAUAUGAGAUGAUAGUAACUGGAAGAUCACUUGAAGCUAUUAGGCACUCAACCCCAGCUAUCCUCCUUGCGUAGAAUAAGACCCUAGGUGAGUGUUGCGGUAUCAAGGCAGUAGUU